AUGUUCUUCAAUUCUUUACCAGAGCUCCGCUUCCUAGAUUUAUCGUAUUGCAGUGUAAGUCAUGUGGAGGAAGGAGCUUUCGUUGAUUUGGAUAAUUUGCAACACUUAGAUGUUUCCUUCAAUAGAAACUUAGGGUUUGCGUCAUUGCCAAAUCUGACAUUUGGUCUCAUCAAAACAAGGAUUAGUUCGCUGCAACUGAAUGGGAUCACAUGUAAGACGGGAACAGGUACAACCUUAAGACGUCUUCAUGUAAGAAACAUCAGAGAAACACAUAUUACAGAACUUUCGUUAGACAGCAAUAGACUGGAAUUAUUUGAACCAGGAGUAAUUGGAUGGUUACCAAAAACGUUAAAGGUAUUUUCAAUGGCUAACAAUAAAUUAACAACAGGUGUAUAUCUUUUAGAAUUUGCAUCAAUGACGAAUUUAAGAAUUUUGAACGCAAGUUUACAGCUUCAUCCACCGAAAUACCCUUCGUCUGUGCUCGAUAGAUGUCAAGAUAAAGUGGAAAGACAAAUUUAUGAUGGUGCUAAUGAUUCAAUCAAAGAAAUGUUAGGAAACUACUACAAUAAUGAUUAUUCUCUUAACUUUAACUGGACGAUUCCUUUACUCCCAAAUCUUGAAACAUAUGAUGCUCAUUCUAGUAGAUUAUACUUUCAUGUUCCAGAUUUUUCUGUGUAUGCUCCAAAUCUUCGACACGUGUACCUUCAAAACAAUUUCAUAAUUUCAUGGAUGGGGCAUAUACAAAUGAAAAACUGCAAUAUAUUAACCUUGGAUAUUUCAAACAAUCUCUGCUCUCACGUGUCACUACAAUUUUUUCAAGACUUGAAACAUGCACGAUAUUUGAACAUUUCUCACAAUGACUUAGGACAAGAUUUAGAAAAGGACACAGAAGGUGUACUGUUUAAAACUCUUGAGAGACUGGAGGUUUUGGACAUGUCAUUCAACAGAAUUUCGUCGUUACCAAAGCAAAUUCUGAGAAAUUCAAAAAGGAUUAAGUACAUUAACGUUAGUAACAACAGAUUAUCUGAUUGGAAAGUUAGUGUGAGUGGUAUGUCCAAUUUAACAUUGCUUGAUUUAUCUCAAAACAAAUUGACAACGCUUGAUGACAACUCUCGUACUAACAUAGAAAGAGCUUUCAAACACUCCAAUGUAUCCAUUGACUUGUCUGAGAAUGCGCUAGCUUGCUCAUGUGAGAAUCAAGAAUUUCUAGUAUGGAUGAAAGAAAGCAAACAACAUUUUCUCUACGUCGAUAAUUACACGUGCUCUCCACCGAAUCCUCGAUUUAGUUUUAGAACAUUAAACAAAUCUGUGAUUUCGUUGUCAAAGUCUUGUAAAUCUUACUUAGGUUGGUACGUUGGAUGUGCAGUGUCAUUGGCAGUAUUUUGUAGCUUUUUAACAAGUCGGUUACUUGUCAAGAACAAAUGGAAAAUCCGAUAUAUUGUCUACAAGUCAAAGCAGAAAUUUGGAUGGGUAAAGCAAGGCAAUAUACAGGGGUCAACCAACGUGCAUUACGAAAAUGAUGUAUUUCUGUCCUACAGUGGUUCUACUUUGAUGUUUGUACUGAAUGAGGUCAUUCCUCGUCUGGAAGGAAACAGGAAUAUGAAGCUUAUCAUCAGAGAUCGGGACUAUUUGCCAGGAUUUCCAAAAACGGAUAGUAUAAUGCAUAGUCUACAAGAGAGUCGAAAAACUGUUUGUAUUGUGUCCAAAAAAUACUUAGAAUCCAAAUGGCGCGACUAUGAACUGAACAUGGCGAAGACAGAAGGCAUUGUCGAUCGGAGUGGCUUAGAUUUUGUCAUUCUUAUUUUGUUACCGGAAGUUUAUAAUAGUGGUUAUCCUAGAAAAAUUAUGGACCUGGUGAAGAGAAAUUGUUAUAUUGAAUAUCCGGAAGAAUCGUGUGCUUGUGACGAUUUCUGGAAUAAAUUGGUCGAUAUGAUUGAAAGGUAA